CGGCCCGUUAAAGGGCCGGCGAGGGGCGCGCCCCGCACUCGGCGGGGGCGGCGGGGCCGGUGCCGGUGCGGGGCCGGUGCCGGUGCCGCAGGAUGUACACGCUGACGCGCGGCCCCAGCAAGCUGGCCACGCAGCGCCGCACAGGUCCCACGCAGCAGGCGGUGGAGAGCAGCAAACCGGGCGAGCUGCGGGGCCGGCUCCAGCCCGGCGCAUGGCCCCCCCCCAGCCCAGCCCAGAAACUCGUCUUCAACAGAGUGAACGGCAAGAGGCCACAGGUGCUGCCGCAGCAGGUCUCGGCCCCUGAGGAAUGCUACACGCUGGCCCACGAGGAGAACGUCCGCUUCAUCUAUGAAGCCUGGCAGCAGGUAGAGCAGCAGCUGGACGGCAGCCGGAGUGGGGAGAGCGCCUGCGGCCCCGUGCAGUAUGUAGAGAAAAACCCCAACCCUGGACUGAAAAACUUUGUUCCCAUCGACCUGGAGGAGUGGUGGGCACAGCAAUUUCUGGCCAAAAUCGAAAACUGCUCAUAAAAGGGAAGAAAGGUUUGGGUUUGGUUUUGUUUUUUUAAGAGGAAAGCAAGCUGAGAGCAUCUGGUUGGAACCCAGAAUCAGUGGCAUUUUAGAACCACGUUUUAAAAAGAUGACCGAAAUCAAGUGACCCGUGCUGCCAGCCCAGCGAGGGCAGCGGGACCGGACCACAGCCAUGCGCCCCCUCCCUGCGCCCAGCCCGGAGGAGCAGCGUGCGGCCCCAGCCAGGAUUCCUUAAGUGCCAGUUUUUUGGACCGCUGUACCUCCUGCAACCCCCCCCAGCUCCCAGGGACACUGCAGUGCUGUGCUGGGGGACGAGGGAGCGGAUCCCCCACCACGGCGGUAGCCACGGGGAGGACAGCAGGGUGCUGUAGCAGGACCGCCAGACAAUAAAGUGCUGAAACUGCCA